GUUCGCUUGGUUUUUUUUUGUUGUUGUUGUGUGCGCGCAAAAAACACACAAGCAGCAAGCAAGAAGCAAAGGAGAUGGAGGACAAGACACAGGAGGCACAGCCGCAGCCGGAAGCGGCGGCACGUGGCGCAGGUGACAACGUGGGGUCGUCGUGGGGCGCGUGGGCUUGGCAAGCGCUGUUUGGUGGUAGGGACGCAGGAACAGGGACCGCGCAGAGCCAGCGCACACAGGAGCAACCCACACAGUUACAGCAGCAGGAGCAGCAGCAGCCGGAAGAGCUGCGUGCAUCACCAUCGUCUGUGGUGGCUGGUGGCAACGGCAGUGACAGCAGCAGCGACGAUGGCCAGGCCUCAGCACCAUCGCUACCAGUGACGGCAGAUAUCAAGCCAAAGACCAAGACGUUCGCAGAGCGGAUACGGGGCGCGUUUGUGCCCCUAUCACAACGGCAGCAAGAUGAGCUGCAGGAGGAGGAAGAGGAGAAGAAGCCUGACCCCUUUGUCGUCUACAUGAACGAGAAGACAGGCAUGACGGAGGAGCAGCUGGCGUCCGCUGUGCGGGUGACAUCGACAGCGGGUAUUGCAGGCUUUCUCUUUGGUGGCGUGACCAGCAUAUCGGAUGCUGCAAAGAAGUAUCAGCUCGAGAACCAGAACACCAAGUAUCACUCUCACCGACAAAUGCAGAGUGAGCUGAACACGCAUGUGCUGCGUACGUUCUUUCGGCGUGGCUCUGCCUUUGGAUGGAAGACCACCAUCUUUGUUGGCGGACUCGAGAUUGGCACGAAGCUAAUGGAGGCACAACGGCAGAGGAAAGACGUGUUCAACACUGUCAUCCCAGGAACGCUGAUGGGGACGGUGUUUGGGCUGCGUCGCGGCGUCCGGGGUGGCGCCCUGGGAUUGUGGGCCGGCCUCGUCUUCAGGUAA